CGAUCUCGGCAGGACAUACAGGCAGACAGCUGCUCUCGCGACACGUGCCCCACCUCCAAAUCAAGCAUCAGAGAUGUCGCUCGCCAGCCUUCAUCCCGCAGAAAUGCACGGCCACGACCAGUACCACAGCAGUCUCUUGCACCGCAGUGCAAGCAUUGGCAGUUCUCUUGAGGAGCUCCAGAGUUACUUUGGUGCAGCAGCUUCUGAGCCAGUGUUGUCAAUUGAAGAACUUCGUCUGCAGCUCAAUUCUUGCUUCACAUGUGGUGUAAGCUGGCAAGAGGAGCAUGUGUCGCUGGACUGCCGAGAGUGCGGUGGCUACUCCCUGGAGCGACCCUGCCCACUUUGCGACGGCCGCUGUGACUCUGUCUGGAAGCGGGACCUUACCACUUCUCAUGCAUCGGGCAAGGCGCGCUGGGAAGGAUCUUGCGCGUUGGAGGCAGCCGCGAGUAAUAGCACCACCUCGGCAGGUGACAAGACGUCGCGGUCACCCCUGGACGAUGAAACAGCGCGGUUAUGUGUCCGGCUAGAGAAGCUGUCCUCGUGAUGUGCCUGCAUUCUAGGCACUGACUGAGUGAAUGCACCUCGCCUCGCCUCCAACCCGGGAACCUCUGUGUGGCCGUAGCUUGGCUGGUGAACUUUCAAUCACCUGCUGUGUUUUAUUGCAGACUUAUUUUUUUGCAUCUGUCUCAUUGUACAUUUCCAUACAUUCACAGUCUGUAAUUAUCAUUUGAAGUGUUAGAUUGUUCGUAGUGUGAUGACUUUACACUAUUAAUUUAUUUGGUCUCAAGUGAUGGACUCAUGUUUAUAAACUUUGGAGAAAAGUGUGAUGGGCAGUUCGCCACACACAAUGUUUUGUCACAUGUGAAACUGUUGUGCUAUCACAGGCUGUCUGUUCACUUAGAUUAUUUAAGUGUCAUUGUGAUGUCUUUACCAUUAUACACUGUUCCAGCUGCAUUUAUGAUCCUCGUGGUUCAGAUUUUCAGUCGUGUAAUCUGCUGCUUGCUCAGCACCUUAAGUGAUAUUAGUUUGCAGUCCCAGAGUAUGCAGAAUUGAUGUGCCUGCUGGAGCUCCAAACUGAUAACACUACUAGUCUUGAAAGUGUUGCUGACUUCACUUAAUGAGAUGGGGAUUAAUAUCCACACAGAAAAUUGAAAACAGGUAGCCUAGUGCAAUAUGUUGGCAAACACCGAUCCACAUUUACUGAUUUGACUAAGCACAACAUGAAUGCAUACGGUUUCGACUGAGGUUCCAGUGUUAAAGACUUAUUUAAGCAUUACUGUUAAGAAGUCUGAUCACGAAUCAGUAUCAUUUCCUGGCACAAUUCCAGAGGUUCAGCUCUUGGCUUUAAGGUUUUUAUUUCCAUUGAGCUCAGCCGCUGUUUAGUUUUUACUUUUAAAUGUUAACAUUAGAAUCAAAAUCUUUAGAAAUACCACCUUGUCUCUUUAAGUGCAUGAAAAUAUUUUUUUGCAGUUUUUUGUAAAAGUAUUUAAAAUUCUAUGGAAAAUCAAAGUUGUUAACAUUUAAAAGAUAUUUUGAUACUUGGCUUAAAAGCUGUCCACUUUAUUAAGGGAUGACUGUUUGUUAAAGGCAGUGCAAGUCCAAAAAACUGAAAAAAAUUUCAGUCAAAUUAGCAUCGUCUUAACUGUAUUAUUUAUGUGUGAACUGUAGUCUCAGCACUUGCAUUGCCUAACUUGUCUCUGUCGUACUAUUACUGAUAACUAGUUAAUGUAAAUAUGUAUAGAUCUGAGAUAAAAUCCUUUCCAGAAUACAAUCUGGCAGCUUUUUUAUACAGUGUUUUGUCCUGAAAACCAUCUUACUGUUGUAGGUCUGCAUUUCUGUGGACUGCUUAUUUUGUGAAGCACAUAACAUUUUCUUUGUUGAUACUGUCACAACAUUUGAGUGAAUUGUACUUAAAAUUUACCAAAAUAAGCACAGUCCUUAAAUAAGUUUUCUAAAUGUUAAUUUCAGGUGGAUCUCCCAUACAUAUGUCAGUUUAUUGUAUGAAAACAUGCAUUCAGUACUGGAUAUGCUGGUGUUAACAUGCAACAUGUUUUUGUAUGGAGGAUAUAUUAGUCAACCAUUUGCAAGCGAGAUUUGUGUCUGCAGUGGAGAAAACUGUGACUACAUUCAGUUUUAAAUUGCAGGCUAGCAUCUAUUGUUUUAUUUCUUCAAUUCGGCUUAUUGUGCCGUACGUCCACAUUGUUUGUAAAACCAUGUGAACCUGUUAUUUGAUCUGACAGUUACUGUGUCCACUUGAAUAAUUGUUCCUUGAAGCUUUUAAAGUUUUGUUACUGUGUAGUAGUCAUCAAAGGAAACUGUAAGAGAAUCUUGGAAAUGUAUGACACUAUUUGUAAGGCUGUAAUUUAAUUUUUGAGUAAUUUUUGUACGUAUGUUAUGUUCUCUUGCAUCAUGACACUCGCUUUGUGUGGAAUAAAAUAAUUGUAGAAGAA